CAGCACUGGGCUUACUGAUUGACUACUCUUGCUCCCAUUUCUUCUAGUUGUCACCUCAACGGCCACUACUGUUGGUUCUACAAAGGCUUAUCCGACAGAUACAAGCAAGCUCACUGCCAUUUCAUCUACAACAGCUUCCCCAACAGAGCAAAUUGUUGUCACCUCAAUGGCCACUACUGUUGGUUCUACAAUGGCUUAUACAACAGAGGAGAGCAUUGUCACUACUAUUGCAUCUACAACAGCUUCCCCAACAGCGCAAGGUGUUGUCACCUCAACUGCCACUACUGUUGGUUCUACAACGGCUUAUAUGACAGAGCAAAGCAUUGUCACUACUAUUGCAUCUACAACAGCUUCCCCAACAGCGCAAGGUGUUGUCACUGCUACUGAUUCUGCAACAGCUUCCCCAAAAGAGGAAUGUGCCCCCCUGCAGCUGCAGCUCACCAGCACCUCUGCCUAUUACGCCUACCUGCUUCUCCUCCUCGCCAGCGCGGUCUACUUUGCCAUCAUCAACUUCUGUCUGUUUAGGAGAACAGCAGACUGUGGCAAUGGAAAGAGUUUGCAACAGUCGGUGGCACAAAGAAGUCAACUGUCAACUUGUCUUCUUCGUUUAUUUCCUUAAAAGUGUCUCCUGAGGAUCUAGGUAGACUUUCUUUCUAGGUUUGGGUUAUUUCAGUUCACCUGUGUGUUUUUCUGUAAAGUCAAUCUUACAAAAUGGUAUUUUAAACUGUUGAACAUACAGAAAAUCUUACUCUGUAACAACAAUGAAUUCGGUCAUUACUCAGGGGCAGGGCCACAGGGUUGUCCUUUAACACCAUUCUCUCCUUGAUCUCCACCAGUUCCUCCAGCAACCCAAAUAACCAUGCCUUCUGAGUACAGACAGCAAGCAGCUUCUAGUCGCAUAGCUUAGGGCCAUUUAAGCAGAACUACUUUGAAGCCUUCCAUUUUGCACACCCUGAACACAACACCCUUGCUACUUGAAUUCUGCACAUUGUUUUUCAUAAAGGGGAAAAUAAAAAAGAAAUC